AUGAGAAUUAAGAAUUUCUUGUUACGAUGCACUGUUGAAAACGUUGAACAUGAACAUAAAAAUCAAGCUAGCAUAAAAUUAAAGCUUCCAUCAACAACAUUCUCUUAUCAUAUCAAAAAUUUACUUUAUUCGUCAUCUAAUGAUCUUAACCAUAAGAUGUUUAUUGAUGUACAUGAAAAAAAGUCAUUAAAACGUUAUCAUGCUUUUAAAGCCGAGCGUAUCAACAAAGAUUGCUUUCUGAGUACCAAAUCAUUUCUAAGCACUCAUGCUAAGGUGAUGGCAAGUCAAAUAAAUAGCGCUUAA